AUGCCUAGAAGGUGUCAGCUCUUCCUCCAGCCAGCCGGGCGCCUGGAGGGCCAGUACGGCCCGUCGUCUACCUGUAUCGCCUGGAAGGAGCAGGUCCACCUGAGCUCUGAAGUGCGGUCCCUUCUCCAGUGUCCGUCGGCAGACAGCAGCUUCCUGCCCCUCCAGGUGACCACCUUGGCCACACCAGAUCAUCUGUCCUUCAUUUCCUCCCAGCGAGAGGACGACUGGGACCCUGCCUACGUCAUCCACCUCCACCCAGCUGUGACCCUCCGGAACCUUCUGCCUUACAGCAUCAGAUAUCUACUGGAGGGCUCAGCAGAGUUCCAUGAGCUCCAGGAGGGCAGCACGGCAGACGUCCUGAACGCCCGUAUAGGAGGUGAGAUCAUGGAGAUGGUCCUGGUUAAAUACCAGGGUCGGAACUGGUCCGGACGUAUCCGUAUCGCCCAGGACAUGCAGGAGUUCUUCCCCGUGUGCUUCACCUGCGACUCGGCCGAGAAGCUGAGCGUGGACCUGAGCGUGCACGUGGCGCGGCUGCAUGGACGCCUGACGCUGGCUGUGUUCAGCCCGUACUGGGUCGUCAAUAAGACGUCCAGGGUUCUGCAGUACCGCGCGGAGGACGUCUCCGUCAAACACGCGUCGGACUUCAGGGACGUCGUCCUCUUCUCCUUCAAGAAAAAGAACAUCUUCAGCAAGAACAAGCUGCAGCUCUUGUGUCCACCAGUUCCCUGGUCUGAUGGCUUCUCAUUGGAUACGGUGGGGAGUUAUGGGACUCAAACCCUCAAACACGAGGAGAGGACUCCAAAACCCUCAAACACGCAGGACUCAAACCUCAAACACGCAGGACUCAAAACCUCAAACACGCAGAACUCAAAAACCCUCAAACACGAGGGACUCAAACCUCAAACACGCAGGACUCAAACCUCAAACACGCAGGACUCAAACCCCUCAAACACGCAGGACUCAAACCUCAAACACGCAGGACUCAAACCUCAAACACGCAGGACUCCAAACCUCAAACACGCAGGACUCAAACUCAAACACCAGGACUCAAAACCCUCAAACACGCAGGGACUACAAACGCUCAAACAGGCAGGACAGUCAACAGUCUGA